AAUUAACAAACUUAACCUAUAAAAAUUUUAAACGUUACUUUUAACAGUAAUUAAUAUUUGGUAAUUUUAUCUCAUGGAUAGUCAAAUAACAUCAGAAGGUCGUUUAGUUGAUAUUGUCGAUGAAAAUUGGCGUGAAGACGAAUUACCAAACGACGAUAUAACAGUCCCAUGUAGUGAAUUACCUGAUCCCGAAGCAGAUAAUGGUGACACACAUUUAACAUUAAAAGAGCAAGAACAGAAAUGGACUGAUAUUGGUUUGAUGAAUAUCUUAAACGAACAACAUCAUCAAAAUUAA